UGCACUGAUAUGCCCUGGUACAAUCAACACUCCAGUCAUGCGCAAGGGACGGUUGAGCUUUUUUCUUUAUUGUCCAUGGUGGACUCAGUGACAGACGAGUUGAUACAAGGUUGAACCGUCUAAUGGAACGUGAAUAAGCAGGUGUCUUAAGCUUACGGUUUUUCUUUUCUGAUCUGCCGUGCUGAUCUGCGGUCACCUUUUUCUUUAUCUAUAUUAGUCUAUUAGUGGUAUUAGUUUGUUCAACUUAAACGUGCCCUAAGUUUAUAACCGCUAUCGUCUGGUUCAGACAAACUUAAGUCUGAAGAGUUAAAGACUUAAUAAUUAAUAUUACCUAUAUCAAGUGUGCCUUACAAUUCUUUGUCAAGUAAUGGAAACAACAACACACAGCAAUCUCCUAACACACAAACUGACUAAAAAGGUUUAGGAACAUUUUUUUAAUUUUCUGAACUUAGUCUGCUGUGCUUUCGCUUUUUGGACCAACUUUUAUUUUUCAUCUUUGCCUCCUCUGCCUCAACCUCCUGCUUAGAGUGUGCGUUCCCAACUCAGUCUCUGGAGUCACUGUUAACAGUUUUUCAUACUUUUCAGAAAACGGGGCUCUUUGGAAAUUACCUUCCCGUUUGUUUACUUGAAACAAGUGAUUGCAAGGACAAAAGUGGCCUUGUAGGCUAAGUGAACCCUACCACAUUAGCCAGUAAUAUUUUUCUGCGUUUUUUUGUAUUAAACAUGUAUUUUGGCUGGAUUGAACUUUGUUGGACCCACUGUGUUUACAUGUGUGGGCCUAUUAAUGCUCACUAGCCAUAACAGUGGGGGUUUUCAGGGGGGCUAGUGGGGGGUUUGAGUGGGGCUUUCCCCCCUGUUAGUGGGGGUUUUCAGGGGGGGCUGCCCCUGACAAAAAUAAUAAUUUAAAAAAACAAAUCUUCACGUUUACUUUGCAAAUUAGAUCUUCUAUCAGUUUCAAAAUGGCUGCCAAUGGAACGGGAAGGCAAUUUACAAAGAGCGCAAAAACUACAGGUGAUCCAUCUUCGCACCUGAGGACAAUACAUGAAUGGACUUUUUUAAAAAUACUUUAUGUAUCAAUAUGAACAGCCUUGACUGCUGUCAGAUUUUGCAGCCUAUGAAAAAUAUUUUGCUUUGCUCUGCCUGUGAACAGGGACAUACCUGGCAAAAUGGAAGCCAGGAUUGGAGGCCUGCUAUUCACUUCCAAGUUUGACUCGGGGAAUUUAGCACGAGUGGAAAAAGUCGCAAGAGAGGAUGAGGAUUCUGACAAUGGAACAAAUGGGAACAAUUACUACUCCACUGUAGAACCAAGACCUGACAGUGAGUUUAACGUCUGGACAAAUCCUGAUUGUGCUGGAACGGAAUUCGAGAACCCGAACAGGUCAUGGUUCUACUUUGGCAUCCGUGGUUGGAGCAGCAACAAGUUGAUCAAGAUCAACAUCCAGAACAUGAACCGCCAGGGCAAGCUCUACAGCCAAGGACUGUCACCGUUUGUGCGAGUCCUGCCUGGCAAACCCAAAUGGGAGAGGAUCAGAGACAGGCCAUCAUAUGAGACUGUGGAUGGGCAAUUCAUCUUGUCCUUCACGUACCGUUUUCCUGACUUACGAGGAGGAACUGUGUACUUUGCUUUUUGCUUUCCGUGGUCCUACACGGAGAGUCAGGACAGGCUGGAGGCCUUGGACAAAAAGUUUUUUGCUUGUUCUUCCUAUACAUCAAAGACUCACAGUGAGAACUUGUACUACCACCGAGAGCUUCUGUGUGAGACGCUUGACAAGCUGCGCGUUGACCUGAUCACCAUCUCCUCGUGCCACGGACUCACCGACCAGGAGGAGCCUCGCUUUGAUAAGAAUCUCUUCCCGGACACAAACAAAUCGCGGUGCAAGCGAUUCAAGGGGAAGCGGGUGUUUGUUCUGAGCAGUCGCGUGCAUCCUGGUGAGACUCCAGCCAGUUUUGUCUUCAAUGGUUUCCUGGACUUCCUGCUGCGUGAAGACGACCCACGGGCCCGCCAGCUCCGUCGUCAGUUUGUGUUCAAGCUCAUCCCGAUGCUCAACCCAGACGGGGUCCAGAGAGGUCACUACCGCACCGACCCGCGCGGGGUGAACUUGAACCGAGUGUACCUGGAUCCCAAUCCGAUGACCCACCCGUCGAUCUACGCGGCGAAGAGCAUGCUGGUUUUCCAUCACAUUCAGGAAAGGGAUCAGCUGGAGGCCGGGGUCAACAACGUGCGGAUUACUUUUCCCGGCGGCACAGUGGUUCCCGCACCCAGUGAGCUGCACCAAGUCAUAACCACCCCUGAGAUUGCCGCGCCAACGGGCGAAGACGAGGACAGCGGCACACAGCGGACGUACACUCUGGCAGCUCCGUCGGUGCUCGGACAUCACGACGACCAACGCAGCAGUGACCUUGACACUCCCGUGGGCUCCCAAGACCUGGUCGGCCUCAGUCUACGCCAGCAGCAGCUGGUGAGCGCCAAGGGCGGCACCGCGGAAAUUGUCUUCUCGGAGCACGCUGGCAACAUGUCUUCCACCUGGGGUAACCCGCCCCACCCUCCCAAUCACCACCUUCCUCCGCUGUCAGCGAGAAAAUCUCACGAAGAGGGAGACAAACAGCUUUCGCCGACAGCCCGGCUCGAGGACCAGCAAUCUCAGCGUCAUCACCCUCAUCCUCACUCUCACCGCAGCCCUCGCCCACAUCGACCAGAAGAAACCGCCAUUACCAACAAUAAUAAUCAGACCCUUGCUCCUCUCUCAGAGAGCAAACCAACAAAAUCUCCCAGGGAAAUCCCAGUCGAGAAGGAUCUAGAUAAGCCACAAACUCAGCAUAAUCACCCUGAACACUCCCAUCACCAUCACCAUCAUCACCAUCAUCAUCAUCACCGCCAUCAUCACCACCAGGCAGAGUCUCAGAACAAGCAUCACCACCACCAGCAUCACCAUCAUUCCCAGAACCAUCUUGAAGUUACCCAAGAAGUUCAAGAGGCCACAAAGCCGCCGUCCCCUCGUAUAUUGUCCGUGAGUCCUGCUCCAAGUCCCUGGCUGGGCAACAUGUCGUACCCCACCCCACCAGGAGCCAACCACCCCGUCCAUCACAAGCCAGCUUCUGUAGAGCCUCUUGACCUUGCCGACCUUGACGAGGGUGACCACGUUACCACGACAACAAAUGCCGCACAGCAUGGCUCAUCAACAGGGAGUAGCUUAAUCAGCCUGUUUGAGCGCGGUGCUCAGAGCGACGCGAGAGGCCAGUGUGACCCCAGACAGGUGGACUCGGACCUCAGACUCAAGCUGUCCUCCCUGAACAUGUCCGAGGAACUCAAUAAGAACAGUGCUCUAAGUUUUGGACUGGACUCGGACAACGACGAUGACACCUUCACGGACAGACUGGGCAACGAAGGUUCAGAGGACGAGGGCGACGCGGGGGGCAACGAGGGUGGGGAUGGGACGAACGCUCCGCACCUGUGCGACCCAGCGCUGCUGCAGAUUCCACCCCACGCCAGUGGCAUUGCCGUCUACGUAGACCUCCAUGGGCACGCCUCGAAGCGAGGAUGUUUCAUUUAUGGGAAUUUCUUUGAGCACGAGGAUGUCCAAGUGGAAAAUAUGCUGUACCCCAAGCUGAUUUCAAUGAACACGGCUCACUUUGACUUUGCGGGCUGCAACUUCUCGGAGAAGAACAUGUACUCGAAGGACAAACGAGACGGGAUGUCCAAGGAGGGCAGUGGGCGGGUGGCCAUCCACAAGGCCAUCGGGAUUGUACACAGUUACACCUUGGAGUGCAACUACAACACGGGACGUAUGGUGAACGCCGUGCCCCCAGCGUACGGCGAUGACGGGAGAGCAACCCCACCGCCCAUGGCCAGCUUCCCACCCAAAUAUAGUCAGGCUCAUUAUGAAGAGGUUGGGAAGGCAGUUGCUAUUGCUGCGUUGGACAUGUCGGACUCAAACCCCUGGUCUCGUAUUACCCUCUCUGAGCACAGCAGCAUCUACGCCGUGCGUGAGGCCGUCCGGCGAUACUUGCGAGGCCUCAGGGGGCAGCCACGGGUGGCACGGAACAAUUCUCUUCGCAGCCUCAACAAUAAGAAUGCUGGGCCAUCUCCGCUGACACAGACCCGACGCACGAGCAUGACAGACUCCAACUCCCACACGGGGAGCACGACAAAGGGUUUCCGGCCUGGCCAGGAAGUGUCCAGUCGCCUCUAUCCCAGGCCGACAAAUCAGAACGCAGCUCAGGCAGCGCAGUCAAAGCGUGAACUGGCCCCGGUGAGAGAAGCUGUCCGUACAAACAUAGCAGGCCCGGCCCAGACCUCUCUCCGACGGCUGAACGGGCCAGCCAUGCCGAAGACCCCAACUCCCAUGAGCAACAACUCGACCACCGUCAUGCUCAGUAUGACCACGGCCAAUGAGGAGAGCCGCAUGGCCCGCAACCUGUCAUCCGAGUCGACUCUGAGGCCCCGAGAGGCGGAGCUAGUGCUCAAGUCCCGCGAGUCGGAUCGAAGUCUGAGGUCACGGGAUUCCGCCGUCAGCAUGAGGUCGAGAGAGGAGAGUAAAGUCCAGCAGCUGAAGAAUGUCAGUUUGGUGAACAAACGAACUCCCCCCAGCCGAAUCCCCCUGGCCACUGGCAAGUCUCAGCUUCACCUCCCGAUGUCGUCAGGGGUGGACUUGAACCCCACUGCCGCCAGACUGGCUGCCAAGGGCAACCAGAGGCAGACAAGGUCCGGGCCUGCUGCUGCCAUGACGACCACAGCCCGACAACAGCAACAGCAGCAGGUUUUGGAGGACGCCGGUGAGCCGACCCACACCACUCGCUCUGUGAGGUCGGCCAUCGUGUCCAAUCCUCUUCCUUUUGCUAAUGAUGAGAGCGCUGAACCGCCUCCCCAAAAAACAGCUGAUGUUGGUGACUUUGUGAAGAAGAAGCGUCGCAACUUCAACCCGUCGCGGCGCGGCCGAGGCAGCACGCAGAGCCCAAAGUCUGGCGGCAACACCAAAGGUCAGCAGUCGCGGGAGUCUGGGGGUGAAAGUGAGGCUGACGGCGCCAGGAAGGGCCAGCGCCGGCGAAAGCGCCGCCCGUUCCAUUCAGGCGCCGAGGCCACGCCCUCUCCCCUGACCCUUGACACGACCCAGACUGACCUCCCCUUACUGUCUCAGGUGGACCCAGACCUCUCCCCAACUGUUCUGACCAACGACUUUGGACAAGGAUUGAAAGGAAAUACUUUGAGAGGCGCGGCACUAGUGCUGACCCCAAGGAAGAUUUGUCUUUCAAUGAGCACCCACCAGCUCUGGGAUACAACAGCAGCCCCUUUCCUCGUCACGCAACGCAGAGCCUCUGAGCCGCACCUUGGAAGGGUUCGGAGUGCACGACGGACGGGCAGAGCUAGAGAGCCGACGUAAAGCAAGAGCCAGGGGUGCCCAGUCUAGGAGCAUGUCCUGGCUUGACCCAUGAGUCGUUGUCGUCAAUGUCCCUCCAUGUGUGAUCGGGGCUAGAGCGUGUUCACGCUGGACAUUCCAGUUAGAACGGAGUCCACUUUGUGUAUUCAAACUCUUUUGUGACAGAAGAAAGUCUCUCACAGGGAUCAGUUGGCGUUGUGGGCCUAGCUGUUCUGUUUGCUGGUACAGUCGGGCACGCAUAGCACAAAUGCGGGUGGUUGGUGGGUGCUCUGGUGUGGUUUGUUCCUUCUUUCCUAUCAAACAUCUAUCAUCCUUAUAAUCUCUCUUCCUCCUCUUAUAUGGUGUUUGUUACUCUCUUGUAAC